AUGCCCGAAUCAACCAGCACAGUCAAGCUAGACGCAUAUGGCAGCAACGGAUACAGGGCACCAGACCGCUGCGAGAGCUGCAACGCUUCGGUGCCCGACCGAGAAGCCCGUCGCAAACACAUGCAGGAAACCUCGCAUCGCAGGUGUCCGCUCUGCAAAGGUUAUGUCCCUGUGGGAGGGUUUUACACCCACGCAUCUAUCAAGCACGAAAACGAAGACUGGAACGAGCAUCAAGUUGCCUUCACCGAUAGGCAGGAUCUAAAAAAUGCCAAGUCUUGGGCGGUGCCAAAAGAGUCAAAGAAUGAAGAUUGA